UAUCCCAUGGUCUCUCUCUAAAAAAAAACACAACGCCAAGAAUCAUGUGGAAAAGCUUCCAUCAUUGCUUCCCAUCAAAUCUCAAUAAUCCCUCCUCAUCUCCGUCGGACGCCGCCGCCUCCGACGAUGAUCCCAACCGUUCAUCCAUUCUUCUCAUCAACAACGUCAACCUCCUCUACAACGACUCCUCCCCCGCUGACCGACCCAUAUCCAAGCACCUCGUCGACGCCGAACCUUCCUCCACCACGACAUUCACUGCCUCGACCUCCACCGUCGCUUAUUCUUCUUCCGCGUCCUUGGAUGAAUCCGAUGAUUACGAUUUUACCCCUGAACAUUCUCCCCCUCCUUACUUAACCUCCGUUCUCGCCUCCCGUCGCUUCUUCUUCUCUUCCCCUGGCCGUUCUAACUUAAUCACCGACUCGCCGGAUCUCCGUCCCCGGUUUAACUACGAAACUGCCACUGCCACGACUACUACUAGGCUUCUCAUUGGGGGAACCGCCGUGAAACAAUACGUUCAAUCUCCUGAUCCUUACAACGACUUCAGGCGAUCGAUGCAGGAGAUGCUUGACGCCGUUACAGACGCAGGAGAUGUUCGCCGUUACGAGUUCUUGCACGAGCUGUUACUCAGUUACCUCUCAUUGAAUGCAGCAGAUACGCAUAAGUUCAUUAUCAGAGCUUUCGCCGACAUUCUCGUCUCUCUCUUAUCGGACGGUCACCGGACAAGCUGACGUGGGAUGUUUUCAUGUUAUGUAGUAAAAAAACUACUCAUGUUAUGUUUUUUUGGGAUUAACGCUUUAGGACAAAAAAAAAUAUUUUAAUGUAAUUAUUGUGUAAUGAUACGAGAAAAUCGAGAGAGGCGUGGGGUUUUGUCUCGAUCGCAUGCAGUUAGAUUUGUUUUAAACCUUUUAAAAUAAAACAUGUAUUGUGAAACUUCAUUGUGGAUUUAUCGUUUUCAUCUGAAAUUUU